AUGGUCACUGCUGUGGCCUUGGGCCCCUAUACCAUUCCCUUUUCAAACACCGCAGACAUUCUCCUGCACCAAUUUGGUAUCGGUGAAGUCUCUGCUCCGGAAGCGGAGCAGGCCAUUGUCGCAUCGAUCCGCCUUCCCCGUAUUGCCCUUGCGCUAAUUGUUGGUGCAGCUCUCGGCGUUGCUGGCGCAGUGAUGCAGGGACUCUUCAGGAACCCCAUGGCUGAUCCAGGCAUUAUCGGCGUGUCUGCGGGUGGAGCGCUUGGAGCGAUAAUCGCGAUCUCCAGCGGUGCGCAGGCGGCCUUUGUGCUGGCGUUACCCGCCAUGUCUUUUGCUGGCGCCGGUGGGACUCUUGCCCUGGUAUACGCGAUCGCCUCCGUGGGUGGCCGGUUUUCCAUGUCGGCCCUCCUACUGUGUGGCGUAGCUGUGGGAGCGUUUAUCGCGGCCAUCAUCUCCGCCAUAAUCCUGUUCACGGAGAACCUGGAGGCACAGCGAGAUAUGCUGUUCUGGCUGGCCGGAGGCUUGGACGCCACUCGCUGGGGAGACGUUCACCUGUCGCUGCCCUUCAUUGCUUUCGGCGUGGCAAUCUCCGUAUUUCUGUCAAGGGAUCUGAAUCUCCUGAUGGUCAGCGAGGACGAGGCUCGCUCUUUAGGGGUUCGCGUAGGUCUGACUCGCAACACCCUUCUGGCGGCCGCAUCGCUGAUUACCGGAACGGCGGUAGCGUUUUCCGGGACGAUAGCCUUUGUGGGACUGAUAGUCCCGCACGCCCUCCGCCUGAUCACUGGAGCCGACAAUCGCGUGCUGGUGCCGCUAAGUGCGCUGGGGGGCGGCGUUUUCAUGCUCGCUGCGGACACGCUGGCCCGCAUGGUCAUUUCGCCCGCCGAGGUGAGUGUCGGGAUCAUCACAGCCCUGGUUGGCGCACCAUUCUUCCUGAUGCUGCUUGCUCGAAACAAGGCAAGGGCGUCCAUGCUGUAA